GAAGUCGGAACGGCCGAUGAUUAUUACCUGACUUCAGUAUGCUCGAAAUUUUGGUUAUAUCGAGUAGAGAUUUAUUUAUUUCUUGAACGUGCAGAUGUCCGAGGCAUCGCUUAAUUGCGCUUUUCCGUGACGGUAUCCGUGGCAAAUGAGAUCGGCGCGCUCGACGUAGCAUGCAUCUCCACUCGACAAGUCACCUGAAGGUUCUCCUCGUUUAAUUGGCCUACAUAACCCCUACAACAAUUAUGAAUUUGCAAACGCUUUUUCAAGACUUCAAUCCAAGCAAAUUUCUGGUGCACACAUGCCUGAUGAUAUUCACGUCUCUGUUCGCUCUUCGAUUGGACGGCUUCAUCGAAUGGAGUUAUUGGUCGAUAUUCAGCCCGAUAUGGUUCUGGAAAGGCAUGGUGAUCCUGGGAGCGAUGGUCGGGAGCUACGUCUGGUGGAGGCAUCCCCACGCGAGAUUAGAAGGGGAUGCCUAUGUACAUUAUAAAGCAAUGCUGAUUACUCUGGCAUUGCACCUAAUCUUGUUGAUGUUUGAGUUGUUGGUAUGCGACAAAUUAGAAUCUGAGAGACACUUGUGGAUACUGGUGUUCAUACCCUUGAUUUUCAUCUCAAUAGUAUCAAUUGCAGUUUGCAUCUGGGCUGUAAAACACGAUCGGUCGUUCGAACUGGAACUGUUUUGCGCAGUGAAUGUAUUACAGUUUAUCUUUUUGGCUUUGAGAUUGGACGGCUUCAUAACGUGGAGCUGGGAAGUUGUGUUCGUGCCGCUUUGGGCACUUCUUUGUUUAUCUUUAGUGGCUGUUUUGUACGCGAUAGUAUUCGCCGCUGUUUUACUGAGAACGCCGCAGAUCAAUGCCCGCCAGAGGCGGACCUCCUUGCACUCGGCGGUGGCGUAUACAUUUCUAGUUGUUCCCAUUUUAGUGUUCCAGGUAUUGCUAGCGAAUAAAUUAGACGGAGAUAUUUCAAUAAAUUAUAUAACAGUGGCAAUGCCACUCCUCCUGUCGCACAUGACACUUAUUUUUAUGUCCUUUGGCGCAAAAGGUGGAAAUAGAUGGUGGUUUGGUAUCAGAAAAGACUUUUGUCACUUCCUGCUAGGUUUAUGUCCAUUGCUUCAAGAAUAUGGUAAUAUAUCGUAUCAACCAAGGGACGAGCGAGAUCAACCACCAUCCGAGCCAAUGAUUACGGAAAAGAGCGAGAAGCUUAUUAAGAAAAUCGACCUAAUGAAACCUGUUGUGCCUAUAAUCUCUAUAGACAUGCCUGACUGAUUGGCUCAAAACAGGGUUAGCUCGGAUAUUUUUAAAUUGUUAUUUUUAAUGCAACUGACGUAUACAGAGGCCAAAUAUCUACUAUAAAAUGAUCAGGCCUUAUUAAACAAAGAGAUCGAAUUACACGGAUAUAUAUGUCGGCUGGGAUACAAGACUGAGCACCUCGCAUCUCUCUAGAGUAGCAUUGUCAGGACGCGUUAAAAAAUGAAGAAAGGAGCGGCUGGAUAAAUUAGAAAAGUGAUAUUGCUGUUAAUGUUGCUGGACAUCGUAAUGUUAAAUGCCCAAUCAUUUAUUAUAUAAUAAUGUAGAAAUAAUGUAUAUACAGAGACUGUUAUAUAUCAUAAUAAUAUUACGUAUGGAUAUUGAAUAUUAUACGGGUCUACCAUACGCGACGACGGUAGACAAGUGCUAGUAACGUUACAUUAUUUUAUAUAUAUAUAUAAAACAUCUAAAAAAAAUACUAUUAUAAACUAAUAAAGUUUCUAUUUUUUGGUAUCAACAGCAACGAUCAAUUAAUUUCUGCGGUACUGCUAAUUCAACAGACGAAACGAUAUUGCACGUAGAAUAUAUCGAGAUUAUUUCAGAUUUUUAGUACUAUCCAGCAGUUUUACUGCAAAUGUUACAAGCAUUAUAAACAUGAAAGUGAAUACGUUGAAUUUUCUGUUCGACAUUGCAAAAUCUCUGUAAGUUAUUAUGUAAUUUGUGAAAAAUAGAAAACUACGUCGUGAAUA